AUGUCGCCGUAUCGUUUAGUCUAUGGAAAAGCUUGUCACUUACCUGUAGAGAUUGAGCACAAAGCUUAUUGGGCAAUUAAAUCUAUUAACAUGGAUUUUAAUCUUGCAGGUGAAAAGCGAUUACUUGAGCUAAAUGAAUUGGAGGAACACCGACUACAUGCAUAUGAAAAUGCCAAAAUUUAUAAAGAAAAGAUCAAAUAUUGGCAUGACAAGCAUAUUAUUCCUAAACAAUUUCAGGUAGGACAAAAUGUACUUCUGUUCAACUCACGCUUGAGGUUAUUUCCAGGAAAAUUGAAGUCAAGGUGGUCGGGACCAUUUGAAGUUACUCAAGUAUUUCCUUAUGGAGCAGUGGAAAUAAAAGGAGAAAAUGGUGCUCCAUUCAAAGUAAAUGGCCAAAGAUUGAAGCUCUAUUUGGCCGGAGAAAAAGUUCCUAAAGGAGUAAUUUACUCCUUAGGAAAUGCAAUGGAGAGUUAA